AUGACCUUGAAGCCCUUUGCGUACUACGCUGGAGUGUGCGUUGCAGUUCACACUAAUUGCGAGACCCUCUUAAUCACCAGCAUGCCUAUUUCCUACGUGGAUGACAUCUCAGAUGGUAGCGGAGCAUUCAUUUUUGUUAAAAUCCUUCGAAGAACAUUCGAAGAUGUUGUGCGUUUCUGUGAGGGCAUGAAAGGCAACAUUCCAGUGUCCUUCCUGCUAGGGUUUUUCGUCUCUGGCGUGAUUGGACGGUGGUACCAGAUGUACAUGUACAUACCCUGGAUGAAUCACAUUGCCUACGCAACAAUGUCGUACGUAAACUGCGCAGACAAGGCUGUUUCCAGGGAGAUCCGCAUUUCCCUGAUGCGAUACCUCAAUCUUGCGUGGAUACUGCUGAUGCGGCGUAUCAGCGACCAGAUUGCUGACCGGUUCAAGCAACUUGAAGACGAACCUGCUUGGGAGGGCACAGACGGAUUUUGCCCGUCCAAAAUUUGCCGUCUCCGGCAGCUCUCCAAUAGGUCUCGCGUUAAGCGCCAUCCAUGGAGCAUUUCACAGUUUCAGAACAAUCAGCAUAGCGUAAAUCGCACACCUCGUACGCCGUUUGACGGGGGUCUGACCUCGGCGUAUCGACAGACGAUGAUGGCCGACGAGUCUCCAGGUCUUGCCCUGCAUGACGUCGGUGAAAUGGACAUGUUUCUGGCCUUCGAAGGCGAGGACGAGUGGAGCAUUCGCAAAACCCUCCAAGAGUUCAAUAAAGACCCGAGUAAACAUUUCCGCUUCCCUUUAACUUCGCAGCAGCUCAUUGCAAUACAAAUUCGUGAGACAUUCGGCAAAAUUAUAACCGAGUCCGAAAUCAAGGCAUUUGAAGCCAUUGCACAGUAUUACUUCAAACAAACGCGCCAACGUUACCUCCCUGAAUACUGGGUUCCACUUCAGUGGGCUGUGCGAUUGGUCCAAAAGGCCGGUCUCCAUGGCAACCUUCCUGAUCCAAGAAUGAUUGGCUAUAUGUUCAAGGAAAUUGGUGAUUUUCGUCACCAGCUACAAACACUGGAAGUAUACAGCAGCAUAAUGAUGCCCUUAGUCUACACGCAAGUCGUCAUCAUCGCAGUGUACAGUUACUUUGGCUGCGAAAUUUUAGCCUCACAGUUUCUCGAAAUGCCAAAGGUGAAGGGCGAAGCUGUCGUGGAUUUUUUCAUCCCCGUUUUCAGCAUCUUCUAUUUUCUCUUCCUAAUGGGUUGGCUCAAGGUGGCUCUCUGUGUCAUGAAUCCCUUCGGAGACGACGACGAGGAUUUCGAGACAUCGGAUAUUUUGGACUACAACCUCGAUGUGAGUUAUCGAUCGGUGCUGAUGGAGGAAGCUACCUUCCCGGAGACACUUCAUGAAGCAACCUUCGAGACGAAGCCCAUGAAGGGCGUGGAGAACGACAAUUUGAACGACUUCAUCCAAAGCGUCAUUCGUGAACGCGACAGCAUCGAUGGCACAUCUAUGACCAAUGAAUGGAAGGGCAGUUUGUACAAGCUCGUGUGGCUAGAUCUUGUGGUAUACCUCUGCGUUCAUUACUUCAUCCAGGCUAUCUACUGGUUCGCCCUCAACCCCGAACAAAAAACGUAA